AUGGAGAACGACACCUACCUUGCAGAGCGGCUGGCGGCGGGCAAUACUACCCGAGCGUCGCCAGCACGAUCCGGCUACGAUCUGCCCGUCUACGGACUGGACAACGGCCAGUUCUACGUGAUCCAUGUGGCAGCGCUAAUCUGCAUCUUGAGCAGCUUCUGCUGCGCACUCACCACCCUCAUCUGCUCGUUUCGCUCGCACAAGCGCCGGUUUUUCCUCUGGUCGCAGAGCGACCGCAUCGUGGUGUAUCUGGCCUUCUGUGACUUGCUCUUCAAUGUGUCGCAUUCGAUGGACCAUCUGCACUACGCGCUCCAGCGAGGGCACGUCACUCCGCCGGCACUCUGCGCCUUCUACGGCUUCAUGCUGUCCGAGUUCAUAUCGGCGCAGAACCUGCUGGUCCAUAUCACUGCCAUCAACGCCUGCCUGCUGGUGUACCGGCGUCACGCGCUCAACUUCGGCACGUGCGACUGGCGUCUUCUGAGCUACACCUUCGGCACCCCGUUCGUCUUCGGCACGGUGGUGGCGGCUGCCGGCGGGUUCGGCCCGACCGGCACCUUCUGCUACUUCGACGCCGUCCAUGGCACCGUCGCCAGCCUCAUCUUCACGACAAUGGCGCUCGGCGUGGUGCUCGUGUCCUGUGCCGUGCUGUACGUGUUCACCUGGCUCAAGAUCUACCGCGAGGCACGUCAUAACGAGCGUGUGCUGGGUCACUCGGCGCUCAGCGGCGCCGUCCUGGCCGCCGCCAAAACCUGUCUGCUGCUUGUGGCCGCCUUCUUCGUGCAGUGGUGGGCGAUGGCGCUGUACGGCACGUGGCAGCUGGUACAGCCACCGCCACAACUGCUCUUCCAGUUCGUCACCACCUUUUCGAACACAGGGGGCGUUCUGAACCUCAUCGUCUUCUGCAUCAUCUACCGCCGACGCAAAGCGCGGAGGGAAAUGAGGGAAACCAACACGGCUGGGUCCAACACGACCAAUGACGCCAUGUUGGUACCCCCAGUCGUCAAAAUGCCGGCUACGUCUUGCGUGACUUAG